AUGGACACCGACAUGAUUGUUGGAGGCUUAAGUGAAACUAAACCUGCAACUCCAGAAAUCCAAAAGAUAGUUGAUGAGGUCAAGUCACAGUUGGAACAAAAGACCAAUGAAAAAUAUGACUGCUUUGAGGCUGUACAAUACAGAAGCCAAGUGGUUGCUGGGAGCGUGUAUUAUGUAAAGGUACAUAUUGGGUGUAAUCGAUAUGUACAUUUGAAUAUAUAUGAACCUCUCCCUCACAGGAAUGAACGAAUCAAGCUUUCAGACUACCAGACUGGCAAAACCAAGGAAGAUGAAAUAACUUCUUUUAGAGGCACAGUCUAA